GCAUCAGCUCGGCGGACGCCAGUGAGCGCGAUGGUGAACUCCAGCCGCGUGCAGCCGCAGCAGCCCGGGGACGCCCCGCGCUCCUCCGCGCCGCGAGCGCAGGGCCCGGGCCGGAUGAUGGCUGCAGGCACAGCCGCGGGCUCCGGCCUCCCGGCGCCGAGCGGCCUCCGGGAGCAGCGGGGCCUGGACAUCGAGAUGGAGCGCAUCCGGCAGGCGGCGGCGCGGGAUCCCCCGGCCGGAGCGUCGGCUUCCCCAUCUCCGCCGCUCUCGUCCUGCUCGAGGCAGGCGUGGAGCCGCGACAACCCGGGCUUCGAGGCCGAGGAGGAGGAGGAGGACGAUGACGACGAGGAGGUGGAAGGGGAAGAAGGGGGCAUGGUGGUGGAGAUGGACGUGGAGUGGCGCCCGGGCAGCCGGAGGUCGGCCGCCUCCUCGGCCGUGAGCUCCUCGGCCGGCCGCGGGCUCGGGAGCUACCAUGGCACGGGCCACCCGAGCGGGAGGCGGCGCCGGCGAGACGAGCCGGGCCAGCCGAGCCCCAGCCCCGCCGGCGGCGGCGGGGACCCGCUGCAUCGCCACCUCCCGCUGGACGGGCCGCCGCCCCGAGUUGCCUGGGCCGAAAGGCUGGUGCGCGGGCUGCGAGGUCUCUGGGGAACAAGACUCAUGGAGGAAAGCACCACUAAUCGAGAGAAAUACCUUAAAAGUGUUCUUCGGGAACUGGUCACAUACCUCCUUUUUCUCAUAGUCUUGUGUAUCUUGACCUAUGGAAUGAUGAGUUCCUACGUGUACUACUAUACCCGGACAUUGUCCCAGCUCUUCCUAGAUACCCCAGUGUCAAAAACAGAGAAAACUAACUUUAAAACUCUUUCUUCAAUGGAGGACUUCUGGAAGUUCACAGAAGGCUCCUUCCUGGACGGGCUGUACUGGAAUGCGAAGGCCAAUGACCAAGCAGCAGCUGACCACCGCAGCUUCAUCUUCUACGAGAACCUGCUGCUAGGAGUGCCACGCCUUCGCCAGCUCAGAGUCAGAAAUGGGUCCUGUUCCAUCCCCCAGGACCUGAGAGAUGAGAUUAAAGAGUGCUAUGAUGUCUACUCUGCCAGUAGUGAGGACAGGGCUCCGUUUGGUCCUCGAAAUGGAACCGCAUGGAUCUAUACAAGUGAAAAGGACUUAAAUGGGAGUAGCUCCUGGGGAAUAAUCACGACGUACAGUGGAGCUGGCUAUUACCUGGACUUGUCAAGAACCAGAGAGGAAACAGCUGCCCAGAUUGCUGGACUCAGGAAGCAUGUCUGGCUGGACCGAGGAACGCGAGCAACCUUCAUUGACUUUUCCGUGUACAAUGCAAACAUUAACCUGUUCUGCGUGGUCAGGUUAUUGGUUGAAUUCCCAGCUACAGGAGGUGUGGUCCCCUCUUGGCAGUUUCAGCCUGUCAAGUUGAUCCGCUACGUGACAACUUUUGACUUCUUCCUGGCAGCCUGUGAAAUCAUCUUUUGUUUUUUUAUCUUUUACUAUGUGGUGGAAGAAAUACUGGAAAUUCGUAUUCACAAACUUCAUUAUUUCAGGAGUUUUUGGAAUUGUCUGGAUGUUGUGAUUAUUGUGUUAUCGGUGAUAGCUAUCAUAAUCAACAUUUACCAAACAUCACGUGUGGAGGGCCUACUUCAGUUUCUGGAAGAUCAAAAUACUUUCCCCAACUUUGAGCAUGUGGCAUACUGGCAAAGACAGUUCAACAACAUAGCUGCUGUCACAGUAUUUUUUGUCUGGGUUAAGCUCUUCAAAUUCAUCAAUUUUAAUAGGACUAUGAGCCAGCUCUCCACAACUAUGUCUCGGUGUGCCAAAGACCUCCUCGGCUUCACCAUUAUGUUCUUCAUUAUUUUCUUGGCCUAUGCUCAGUUAGCAUACCUUGUUUUUGGUACACAGGUUGAUGACUUCAGCACAUUUCAAGAAUGUAUCUUCACUCAGUUCCGUAUCAUUUUGGGUGACAUCAACUUCGCGGAGAUUGAGGAAGCUAAUCGCGUCUUGGGACCACUGUAUUUCAUUACCUUUGUGUUCUUUAUGUUCUUCAUUCUUUUGAACAUGUUUUUGGCCAUUAUCAAUGAUACUUACUCUGAGGUGAAAUCUGACUUGGCUCAACAGAAACCUGAAAUGGAACUCUCAGAUCUUAUCAGAAAGGGCUACCAUAAAGCUUUAGUCAAACUAAAACUAAAAAAAAAUACCAUAGAUGACAUUUCAGAGUGUCUACGGCAAGGUGGAGGAAAGUUAAACUUUGAUGAGCUUCGACAAGAUCUCAAAGGGAAGGGGCAUACUGAUGCAGAAAUCGAGGCCAUAUUUACAAAGUAUGACCAAGAUGGAGACCAAGAGCUGACUGAACAUGAGCACCAGCAGAUGAGAGAUGACUUAGAGAAGGAGAGGGAAGACCUGGACUUGGAACAUAGCUCUUUACCACGUCCCAUGAGCAGCAGAAGUUUCCCAAGAAGCCUGGAUGACUCUGAGGAGGAUGAUGAUGAAGACAGUGGACACAGCUCCAGAAGGAGGGGAAGCUUCUCCAGUGGAGUUUCUUAUGAAGAGUUUCAAGUACUGGUAAGGCGAGUGGAUCGCAUGGAGCAUUCAAUCGGCAGCAUUGUGUCCAAGAUCGACGCUGUGAUUGUGAAGCUAGAGAUCAUGGAGCGGGCCAAGCUGAAGAGGCGCGAGGUGCUGGGGAGACUCCUGGAUGGGGUGGCUGAGGAUGAGAGACUGGGUCGUGACAGUGAGAUCCACAGGGAGCAGAUGGAGCGGCUGGUGCGGGAAGAGUUGGAGCGCUGGGAAUCUGAUGAUGCAGCUUCUCAGGCAGGGCAUAGUCUCGGGGCGACAGUGGGACUCGGAGGUCAGCCUCGCCCCAGAAGCUCUCGCCCUUCCUCCUCUCAGUCCACAGAGGGUCUGGAAGGAGGAGGUGGAAAUGGAAGUGCCAAUGUCCCUGUGUAAAAGUCCUUGUGUGCUAAUGUGUGCGUUCCUGAAGGGGUGAUUGCUGAGAAUUGCCAUGACAAGUUACAGUAUUUAUAUGCUCUGACUACAUUAUGAUGCUCAUCUCUGUGACAGAUUGUUAAUCUUCUGCACUUUAAUUUAUUUUAUAUAAACUUUACCCAUGGAUCAAAGAAGAUUAUUUUACUUUUUCUCAUAUGAGAAAUCUGUAUGUAAAUAUUGAGUUCAGAAACAUUGAAAAAUAUAUUGAGAGGUAUGCCCACAUUGCUACCCUGCCUGAAUCUUCUCAGGUGACAAUGAAGUUGCCUUUUAAAGCUAGAAGAAAACUGUUAGAGGGCUUCUGAGUUAACUUUCAGCUACAUAAGACAUACUGUCAUUUUUAUCCAAUGUGCCAAGGGAAAGUUGGGGCAUUUCUUUCCACUCAGAGGCAACUGGUAUGGUGGCUUAAUACAUAGUUUUCUUCUGAGAAAAGAGUCUUUGAUUUCAACCACCUGUCAGGGUGAACUUUUCUUUUAAAAUGAAGUAGAAAUAAAUCCCAAACCCUAGCAGGGGUGUAUGGCCAUUAUGCUAGAGUUUGUAUGGAUGGCUGAGAUAAAUGUUAAGUAAUAUGCUUUUUUUGUUACUGUCUCAUGUCUUUAGGACUAAUUAUAUCACUUAAUUUUUAUGCUAUUUCAACCUGGUUUAAAAUCAACUAAGAAAAUCCCCUAAGAUCAAUUAUAAGAUUAAAUGUGAGAGAUUAGAAGGAGUCUUAAACUGUCACUGUUUUUUUCCCUAUCAUUUGUUGUCAUAGAAAUUUCUUCCUUUAUUUCUUCCCAAUGUGUCUCAAUCCAUUUGCAACUGAAUUUAAUAAUUAACCAGUAGGUCAAACAUUAAUUUGAGUAUACAAUGAAAGUGUUAAUACAGCCAAUAUAUGCAUUGAUAGGAAGUUUUUAAAUGCAUAAAGCUUUGUAAGACUACAGAAUUUAGUUUUUAUAUAGAAUAUAGCUCUUAAAUAUUCUUGAUCUUAUAUUAGAAAAUAGAAUGUAUGAUGCAAAUUUAGUUCAAAAAAAAGUAAGGAGGCUUUACUAUUAAAAGGUCAUCCAUUAUCAGAAGGAAGUUAGCCCAAAGUUGAUUAUCAGUGGUGGUUUUCAUUUGGAGAAAGUCUCAAUACAUUGAUUUCCCAAUAAAAAAGAAAAGUGUAGGAGCUGGAGAGAUGCCUCAAUGGUUAAAGGAACUUGCUUUCAAAGCCUGACAGCAUGGGUUCAAUUCCCGAGUGCCCAUGUAAAUAGCCAGA